CUCUCCUCGUUUCUUCCUAGGGCACAAUACACAUGCAUAAUUGAACAAGUCUGGACGCUAAAGGUUGUGCCCAGUUUUAUGCGAAUGUCAGCCAAUCUGGGUGGUAAUAAGUCGUAAAACGGAACGAGGAGAGGAGGAAGGUUUGGGGAAAGCAUUUUCAGUCUGAUUCCAGCUUUCUCUCGGAGAACAAGUGGUACAAGUAUAGCUCUCGGAUCUAAAAAAAGUGAUCAAUAAAUUCACAGACUCGUUACAAAAAUUACGAAAUUAAUUUCAUCAGUGCCAAUUACAAUUUUUCAAAAUUACUAAAAAAUUUUCAAAAUGAUCAUAUUUACGGAGGAAUUUAAAAUCUACGUCCUUCCCUGGAUCUCGCUCUCUGUCACGUUGUACAUCGCUUAUUACGUGUACACCAACAUCCUGUGUGCUAUUCAUGACAAAAUCAAGGUGAGACGAAUCAUUCACAAAAAGCAGAAAGAAAGGGAACAUGCCUUUCAAAAAUUGGAAAAUCGGUACAAAUUGGACGCAAAAAGUGAGAAAAUUCUCCAACUUCCGCUCGACCAAUUGCUAACGGAACUGAGAAAAAGAAAGUUGACAGCAAUAGAAGUUCUCGACGCGUUUAUGGCCAAGGCUUUAAAGGAGACGAGGGAGUACAACAGCAUCACCGAGUUUGUCCCCCAAGCACAUAUAUGGGCAGCUCAACUUGACGACUUGAAAGAAGUGCGCGGCCCUCUGCAUGGAUUGCCAAUUUCGGUGAAGGAUAACUGCAAUAUCGAGGGAAUGGAUUCGACGCUGGGAUUUGCUAAAUAUUUGUACAAGCCUGAAAUUGAAAAUGCCAAUCUCAUCGCAAGUCUUAAAGAUUUGGGUGCCAUUGUUUUUUGCAAGACGAACGUACCCCAAAGUUUAUUUUGUUGGGGAUGUGGGAAUCCAAUCUUCGGAGAGACAAGGAAUCCAUUCAAUCGCCUCCUUAGUCCUGGAGGGUCGUCGGGUGGUGAAGCAAGUUUAAUUGCCAGCGGUGGAUCUGCUCUCGGAAUUGGGACGGAUAUUGGCGGUUCUUGUCGAAUUCCUGCCCACAUGUGUGGCGUCUCGGGGUUUAAACCUACAAAAAUGCGGUUAAGUCCGGUCGGAUUCAAGUCUACCGUGUCCGGAGUGGUUGGACUUAAUGGAGGGCCAGGAAUAAUUUCAAAAAGUGCAGGCUUGAUCGCCGCAGUUUUCAAAGAGCUCACAAUGCCUGGAGUACAAAAUAAGUACGACAGGUUAACGGUGCCGAUCACGUGGGAUGAAAAAACUUUCACUUCCGCAAAACCACUUCGGAUCGGCUACUACACUUCCCUCAAGUUCUUUCCUGCAGUCGGCGACACGGAGAAAGUCGUGCUGGAUGCAAAAUCUGCUCUCGAAGCUGAAGGCCACAUCCUCGUCCCUUUCGAAAUGGGGGAUGGAUUCGACGUUGCGGAACUGGUUUCGGAUUUCGCUUAUGCCGACGAUGGUUACAACUCGCUCAAGAUUUGGAAGGAUGAGCCGAUCGCCCAGUCAGCCAUAUUUCACUAUGUCAUGUGUCGAAUUCCGAGAUGCGUUCGUCGCUUUCUUGCGUACAUAAUGAGUUGCAAAUGUCUUCCUACUUUCUACUUCUAUUCCACUCGAGUUGCUGCUUUCUUUCGAGGGGGUGCAACCAAGUCUAGAGAAUUGUGGAGCAGUAUGGAAAAACGGAGACAAAUUUUGGAAGACGUUUUGGCGCAGUGGCACCGACUAAAUCUUGAUCUCGUUCUGUGUCCUACUUUUGCUUUUGCAUCCGUUCCAAUCAAGGCUGCCGGAAAGUUGAAGCCCGCCUGUAUUUACACUAUGAUUUGGAAUUUGCUCGAUUUUCCUGUCGGAACAGUAAGUUUUGGCACCGAGUCUGGAACAAAGGUGGAUUCGUAUGACAAUGAGGACGACUUUUUGUUAAAAACUGCUCAAAAAGCACUUAAGAGCUCGGCUGGGAUGCCCAUCGGGGUCCAAGUAGUUGGACUUCCAUUCCAGGAAGAAGUGGUUCUCCGUGCCAUGAAAGAACUCGAAUAUUUGCGGUCUAUCAAAUGAAUUCAUACAGCGAACAAAUUUAUGCAACUCUAAUUUUUCAAAUUGUUCAACUAUGCACCAUGCACAAUAGUUUGAGUUCAAAUAAUAAAUCUGCCUAUUUUGACAUGCUUCCUAUCGUACAUACUUAAUAAAUGUCUAAAUGUAAUUAUGUAUGUAUAUAAGUAGUUGUGAAAUGAGGCACUAUUUCCAUAAUAAUGCUUUUACCCUUGGCCAAUUCAAAUGUGAGGGAGAGAAAUGUCUUUGCAGCUUAUCGUACUUGUUCUUGUCCCAAAUUAUAUAUAUGUAGUACAGUACAGUGAUGUGAUCUCUUAAUAUUGUGCAAGCUGUAGGUGUUAUUGACGAAAUAAAGCAUACUCUGUUAGUGCACUAAAUUA